GUUUAUGUUUUUUUUUUGUUAUUUGGGUUCACGUUUACAGUUUAAUUCGCAAGUUUAUCGAGUUUAUUAUAAAUUCUAAACUAAAAGCUGCUCAUUUAUACUUAAAACAAAUAAGAAGAAAUUGUGAUAUCUACCGCGUUCCAAUACAAAAUGUUGUCAGUUACGCGAUUGUUUCAGCGUGCAGUCAAUCCAACUACUAAUCACCUCACUCGAAGAUUGGCAUAUGGUGCGGUUGAAAAAAGUGUAAUUAACAGACCUGUUAUUGACGGCCAGAAUGAUACCGAAACCCAAUUUAAACAAUCAUUACUCGGUGAACUACGACAAUCCGUGUUAGAUCCUGCCACGGACAGCACUACGGAAAUAUACCCAAAUGCUCGUCUAGCAUUCAACUUAGCCGCUUAUGUGAACAGAUCGGAAUCAUUGCAGCAACUUUUGAAUCUUGGUGUUGACCUUCAUAAGCUUGAAAAACGCAAAGGGAUACCCCAGUUUGUGCUGAAAUUGGACUUCGAACGAGAUAUGAAACAACAUCUCAGGUUUCUUACAGAUAUAGGAAUCCCGGUGAAGGAUCUUGGAGAAUUUCUUACCAAAAAUCCUAUGAUAUUUAAAGAAAACUUGGAAAACAUGGAAAUUCGUAUUAAUUACUUACGGUCAAAAAGAUUUCUUCCAGAGCAAAUAAUAAGAAUCGUACAUAAAAAUCCGUUUUGGCUGAUGAUAAGUACUCGACGGAUAGAUAAACGGCUAGGUUUUUUUCAAAAGACUUUUCAGCUUGCUGGCGAUGAAGUGCGGUUACUGACAACGAAACAACCAAGAAUUAUUACGUACAACUUGGAGCAUAUACGACUAAACAACUUCGCCAUCAAAGAAGAAAUGGGCUUUGGAAAGCACGAAUUGAAACAUUUGUUGUUGAGCAAACCUAAAUUGUGGAUGAUAAAUCAGGAUAAACUCAUGCAUCGGUUUGAGUAUGUGCAUCGAAAAAUGCUUAUAUGUCACGCCGAAAUUCUGAAAACUCCGGAGAUUCUACAAGUUCGUGAUCACAGAUUAAAACAACGUCACGGUUUUCUGAAAUUUCUAGGGAAAGCGCAAUACGACCCUAAGAAAGAAUUAUACAUUUCUCUGAAAUUGCUGUUGGAUGGAACGGACGAAAAAUUCGUUGUUGAUGUUGCAAAAUCUAAUAUGAAUUGUUACAAUAAUUUCUUGAAAACUCUGUAGCUUCGAUAAGGCUUGGAAAAAAAAAUAAAUUAACAUUUCGCAGGAGACGAAGUACCGUAUCGACCUCUUGAAUAGACAAAAAAACGCUGAAGAGGAAUCGUAAAAUCGAAAAUAUUUCCAAUUUCAACAUUUUUUUUUAUCUGAGUUUUCCCAGUUCGAUUUUACGUUUUAACGCUUGAAAUGAAGUAAACAGCAAAUAAUCAAUAAUUCUAGACUGUAAAUAUUCCACCAAUAAUUACGAACAAGUUCGUAGCGAUAUAACUAAAGGAGCUGAAAUAGAAAGGUCGUUACCACAGGACGAUCGCUGAAAGUUUGAUUGGCUUACCUUCUAUGUUCUGUAAAUUUCACCAUAAGUGGUGAAAGUUCGUAAUUAACAAAAAUGCAUACAAUACAAUAGAACUGCUAGAAAUCUUGAUCAAAACUGCUUCUUUACUCCAACACUUGAUGAAAAACGGUUUUGGAACCCUAUAUGCGCUAGCAAAAAGUUGGGCGUGAAGGAGUUGAUUUCAUCCCUAUUAUUCAUUUUGUUUGCUUUGUUGAUUUUAUUAUUUUAUUUUUUGUUUUCUUCCUAUUAUUCACUUGAUUGAUUUUAUUCAUUUAAUUU